CUCCUCUUGUUGCGUGGUCUCCUUCCCAUCACGUUGCUUCUUCACGCUCUCUCCACUCCACAGAGCUCACUCCUUUCCUUCUCUUCCAUCUUGCCUACAGUUUUUUCUUGUUGGAUCAAUUGAAGCGCACUGCUGAGCCACAAGACUCAGCUUUUCUUAGUCAGGAGAAGUCCAGUCGUGCAUUUGCAAAUUCAUUGAUGGGGCGUAACCUUUCAAAUCAUUCAGAAUCUCCAGUUGGGGACCCUCCUCGUAGGAGGAGCCCAUCUAGGAAAAGUCCAUCCAGAAUUGAAAGAUCACCUACUCGACAUAGGAGGUCCCACAGGGGUAGUUCUCCACCAAGAGAGAAACAUUCGGGUCACCCUAAGUCUCCAAAGCAUGCAAGGUCCCCCUCUCCUCCUGUUCGCUCUCCUUCUCCUCGGACAAAACGGUUAAGAAGAGCUCAAGCUGGCAGAGAGGCUGUGAAAGAACCUGAAAGAAGUAACGGGAGGGGAACUGAUAGGGGUUUACAGAAGGAAGGGGUUUCAGAGAGAGAUGUUGGGAGUGAUAGGAAAGAGAAACGGUCGGGAAGAGACGAUGUUGAUGGUAAAUCAUCAAGACCAAGACAUGGUACUUCUCCAUCAGAUCGACAGCGAAGGAGUAGGCAUAUAUCUCCCUCACCUCAACCUGCUGGUGUUACCAGAGACGUGGAGAAAGUAAUUGAGAAUGACAGUGAAAGGAAUCAUGGCAGAGGGAGUGAUAGAAGAAUGCAAAGGGAAAAGGGUUCAGAUAGGGAAACUGAUAGUGAAAGAGUGGAGAGAAGGUCAGGAAAAGACAGUACUGAUCAUAAGUCUUCAAGAACAAGACAUGGGCGAUCUACUUCUCCAUUGGAUCGGGACUACAAGAACAGACAAAGAUCUCUUUCACCUCAACAAGCUGCCAAUACCAGAGCUCGUGAUGAGGUGCCAAAUUCAAGAGAAGAUGAGCAUAGGGAUGAUGAGAAUGAUGCAGUAGCUAUGAUGAAGGCUGCUGAAGAGGCCUUGGAAGCAAAGCAAAAGGAAAAACCUUCGUUUGAGCUAUCUGGAAAGCUUGCUGCAGAAACUAAUAGAGUCAGGGGUAUAACACUUCUAUUCACUGAGCCUCCAGAUGGACGAAAACCUGAUGUAAGAUGGCGGCUUUAUGUUUUUAAGGGCGGUGAAGUGUUAAACGAACCCCUGUACAUACAUCGGCAAAGCUGUUACCUCUUUGGGAGGGAAAGAAGGGUAGCAGACGUCCCUACAGAUCACCCAUCCUGUAGCAAGCAACAUGCUGUUAUACAAUUCAGGCAAGUUGAAAUCGAGCAACCUGAUGGUACGCUAUCAAAGAAACCGAGAGUAUGUAUUACUGCACGAGAACUCUAUGAAUUGACGGGCUCAAUUGGCUACUCGAAUGCCCUUCCGAUUAACAUUUGGGGAUCUUUGAUGCAUGAGAAGUCUUUUCUUUUCUUUUCUUUUUUCCGGCAGAUCAGAUGUAUGGGAAUGGGUGGAUUUUAUGAAUAGCAUCAAAUUUUCUGAAUACGUUUCAUGGAUGUUACUGUAAAUUAUGCAUGGUAUGUUAUAUCUCCUCGUGGUUUGUGAUUUUCAUGAAUCUGGAUGUAUCCUUGGGCCGCACUAUAAAUGGUUGCCAACAGCUGGACUAAGGGUGAGUCGAGCACAAAUUAUUAUCUCUGUGGAAAUGUUAAAUAGUAGAGAACUGUUAUUGGCAUUUCGAAAAAGUCAUACUGCACUCCUCUCUUAUGAAAGAAGAGUGCAACGACUCUUUUGGCGUGCCAAUAACAGCUCCGUUUGUGUAAAUUAUAUUCCUAGGUACCAAUGUUCUUUUGUGUCUUGUGGACGUUGAAAUUUUGUUUGAAGAAAGAAAUAAGGGCAAAGAUGUGGGAAAUUAGUACAAAGUUGCU